AUGGAAGAUUCACUUUCAAUUGCCGUAUUCAAUACAUUAAGUACUCAAGAGAAAUCAUCAACAGAACUCAAUGGUUACUUCGUUCAUUCACAAUUACUCAUCGAUGUUCUUCUUCGAAUGAAAGCGUCUUCAACAGACAAACAUGAACUGAUCUCUUGGUGCAAAGAAGAAUACAAGGAUAAUACAACUGCAUUAGCCAUUAUUUUAGAUUUUGAACAUAAUUAUUCAUCUGAUCGAGCUGUAUGGUGGUACACAAGAGAAUCAUUUCUCUAUAGAACAUUAAACAAGGCUCUUCGUGUACAGAAUAUUGAUUUACUCUUUCUUUUUCGAUUUUUUCUUCGUGAUCUUCGACAACAACUGAAACAACAUCAAUUAUCAUCAUCAAUUCGUGUCUAUCGAGCUCAAUUAAUAUCGAAAGAAGAAUUAGAAAUAAUGAAACAAUCGAUCGGACAAUAUCUCUCGAUGAACUCAUUUCUUUCGACUAGUGUCGAUCGACAACUAGCACUAUUUCUGCUCGGAGAUUACGAUUCAUCAGAUGAUUCAGUACGAGUUUUAUUCGAGAUUGAUCUUGAUGCUCAAGUUAUUACAACAAAACCGUUUGCCGACGUUACUUCGCUUAGUUAUUUCAGUGAAGAGCAAGAAGUAUUAAUUAUGUUAGGUUCUAUCUUUCGACUAGAAAAUAUUUAUAUGGAAGAAAAUCGAAUCUGGAUUAUUCGAAUGACUUUAUCCAGUGAAAAUGAUCAAGAUUUUAAGACUUUAUUUGAGUACAUGAAGAAACAAUAUCAAGAUGGAGAAACAGGACUUCUGUCGUUUGGGGACUCUUUGUGGAGAAUGGGAAAAUUUGAUGAUGCCGAGAAAUACUAUCGACGUAUGCUCAAUGAACUGCCUUAUGAUCAUGAAGAUAUUGCCAUUUGUUAUUAUACACUCGGUCUAGUAGCAUCAGCGAAAGGCAAGUUCGACUCGAGUCUUGAGUGGCAUCAUAAAUCUCUGGAAAUAAAAAUUCGAAAACUGGGACUAAAUCAUCCUAGUCUCGCAGCUAGCUACAAUAGUAUAGGUGUUGUUUAUAGACAGAAAGGCGAUAACAAGAAAGCACUCGAAUCGUAUCGUCAAGCAUUGAUUGUUUAUCAGCAAAACUUCGGUGAAGAUCAUCCACGUAUAGCCACAUGUUUCAAUAAUAUGGGUAAUAUUUACAAUGCAGAGAAGAAUUAUGCAGAGGCACUCCAAUACCAUAAAAUGGCAUUGCCCAUAUAUGAAAAACAUCGACCCCCCGAGCAUCCCGACUUAGGUGCAGCACACAAUAGCAUUGGGAGCGUGUACGGUUCUCUAGGUGAAUAUAAUCUCGCAUUGGAACAUUUUAAUCUGUCAUUAAAAAUCUAUGAAAAAUCUCUUCCCCCUCAUCAUCCUCAUAUCGCUAUGACAUUAGAAAAUAUAGGUCUUAUUUAUGAAGACAACGAUGAUUUACAACAAGCGUUAUUAUUCUAUACAAAAGUAGCCACAAUAUUUCGUCAUUCGUUACCUGCAACACAUCCUCGUAUUGUCGAAAUCGAACAAGACAUCCAACGCAUUUCAUCGGAUCAUGAAUAA